UGCGUUAAUAAUCCUGGGUAGUUCAUUAUCAUAUACACAACACAAGCAAAUAGGGGGAAAAAAAUCAGAAUAUCAAUAGUAAAUUUAAAAAAAGAAAAAAAAAACGAAAACGAAAAUGAAAGAAGAAAAAGCUUCGUCCCGCCAAGAGCAGUGGUAGGAAGCCGAGCGAGGGCCGCUGCCGCCAUGGCCGGGCGAUUCUCUUUAUUCUCUAAGCUCUCCAAAACCCUGGAAAACCCUAGCUCUAGCAGCCCCUUCCUCUACUUCGUUUCCUCCCCAUUCUCCACCUCCUUCCUCAAGACGAAGACCCCUAAAUCCCUCCGAAAGAAGCGCAAGCCCAAGCCCUCCGCCCGCACCACUCCGGUCCAGUCCCUUCCCAACACCAUCCCCCACUUCGAGUCCAUCCUCGCCCGCGACUCCCACUUCCGCUUCGUCACCCGCAGCCGCGACUUCCUCUCCCGCCAGCCCGAGCGGGUCCUCCGCCUCGACGACGCCGGGAAGCUCCACCGCGAGCUGGGCUUCCCCCGCGGUCGCAAGGUCACGAGGUCGAUCCUCCGCCACCCCCUCCUCUUCGAGAUCUAUCGCCACUCUGAUAACAAGCUCUGGCUCGGGUUCACUGACCUCAUGGAGGAGCUCCUCGAGGAGGAGAGGCGGAUCGUCGACUCGCUUGAGCUCGAUCGGGUCAACAAGGUGAGGAAAUUGCUCAUGAUGUCAGCUAACAAAAGGAUACCUUUGAAUAAAAUCUAUCACACUAGGGCUCUCUUCGGGAUCCCCGAUGAUUUCCGGGAUCGGGUUUUGAAGUACCCGGAUUACUUUCGAGUUGCCGUUGAUGAGAGUGAUGGGAGGAGGGUGCUCGAGUUGGUCAAUUGGGAUCCUUUACUGGCUGUUAGCGAGCUCGAGAGGGAGUUCAUGAUAAGUGAGGACAGAGUAAAAAAGGCCUUCAAUUUCAAUGUUAAGCAUAGCAAAGAUUUGGAUUUAGACGAUGAUGAUAGGAGGAAACUAAACUUACUGAACACUCUGCCGCUCGUGUCUCCCUAUUCUGACGGGUCAAGGCUCGACUUGUGGAGCUUGGAGGCGGAGAAGUAUCGGGUUGGGUUGAUCCACGAGUUCUUGAACUUGACAUUGGAGAAGAGAGCUUUGAUACAUCAUAUCGUGGAGUUCAAGGAGGAGUUUAGCCUGACGAGGCGUACUUACGAGAUGUUACUGAGGCAGCCUAAGACGUUUUACUUGGCAGGGACGGAGAUGAACUGGGCGGUUUUCUUGAAGGAUGGUUAUGAUGAGAAUGGCAUGUUGAAGAAGAAGGAUCCUCAGGUUGUGUUCAAUGAGAAGCUGUAUAGGUAUGCUGAGAUGCAGAAACUGGAACCUGGUUUUGGAAUUGAGAGGGCUUGAGGAUGAUGUAUUAUUUAGUAGCCUUCCUUGAUCGUGCCAGCUUUUGAAAUGCAGAAAGUGUUAGCGGGCCAGCGGCUCUUGGAAUUGAAACCUUCAGGAUGGAACAGUAACUGCUUUUUUUUUUUUUUGAGUUCUGGAGCAGCAAAGCUUCAAAAUUCUUUAAGGUGAUGGAAGAAAAGAAAAGUUGGAAAUGCAAGUAGUCUCGGAAUCUGAAAUCCAACUUUGGAUGGUGAGUUCAUGAUUUUUCGAGGAGAAGAUCGCACUUUUGUAGCUCGUGAAAAGCUCACUAGGUUUGCAAAUGAUAAAAAGCUUCUGAGGUUCGGUUUCUUCUAACAGACCAUUAGCCUACUAGUCAUAGUUCUAGCUGGGUAGUAUAUUCUGGUCCUUUCUAUUGAGUCUACGCCGAAAAAAAAAAUGUUGCUGAUUUAGAACUACAGAUGAAGGAUGUGGGAGUAGACGGUAUUACCGGAAUUCUUGUUCUAUGAGAUCGAAAUUCAAUGAGAGACAUUCUUCCAGGUUGCAGAGACCUGAUCUAUGUGCUGUUCACUGUGCUGUAGAGAUUCUCAAUGUCUGCUGGAUAAGUUGCUGUAAGAUAGUUUGGUAAUCUACUGGAACAUAUUACUGCAACGGACAGUAACUUGGCAUAUCUUUCAGCCGAGUUCCUCUUUGCCCGGUGAGUUUCGACAGAUAAGGAGGAAGUGAAUAGAGAAUCGAUCAAUUCAGGUCAGUUGUUCCGUUUCCCAAAUUACAUGUAGAAGUCCGAUUAUAUAUAAAUCUCCAUAGGGAAGUUCCUUAUGAAGAGUGUUGUGGACCCAUUCAUCUCUUGAUCAUGUGAACAAUGUAUAACCCCAAAACACAUGGCCUUGCUCACCUAAUUUUCUGUUUUUGAUGAAUAGAUUCCAUAGUUUUCUUGAUCAA